AUGUCCGUCAUCCGCAAAGCCACUCCCCUCUACCGCGUCGCUGUCGCCGGUCCCAGCCGACUCGCCAUGUCCGCCUCUGUCGCUCGUCCUCUCACCCCCUCGACCCCUGCCUCGUACCGCAGGCCCUUCAGCCCCGCGCAGCAGCCCAACCUCCUCCGCACGCUUACGAGCACUCCCCCGGCGAAGCGCUUCACCCGCAACGUCUGGGCCGCGAACCCGAUCGUCGAGUACGACGAGAUCAAGCCGCUGACCCAGCAGCCGACCGAUGACAUUCUGAUCGUCGACGUCCGUGAACCCGACGAGGUCGCGCUUGGCACCCUUCCCUCCGCCGUCAACCUCCCCCUCUCGCGCCUGCCCGAAGCGCUCGACGAGGACUUUGAGCCCGGACGCUUCAAGAAGGAGUUUGCGUUCAAGAAGCCCGCCGCGGGCCAGAAGAUCAUCUUCUUCUGCCGCUCCGGCAAGCGUUCCGCCACCGCCGCCGAGAUCGCCGGCAUGCACGGCUACGCCAACGUGCGCAACUAUGUCGGCUCGUGGCUCGAGUGGUCCGAGAAGGAGGGCAUCCCCAACCUCCUGGCGGCUUAG